AUGGAGAAGGUAGAUAACUACCAGCCAAUCAGUCGGAACGAUAACACUGUCCGUAUUCUACGAGCCUUCGACAAUCACCUUCCGGCAGAUGGCAGAGCCAAUUUCAUCCGCCAUCUCCAGUCCCUACAAACAAACCAAGACAUCCAUGAUCAUGCCGAGUCCUUGGUAAACGGCCUGCUUGCGCCAAUGAAGACGCUUCGCUCGACACCCACAAUUUCCCCACGUGCUGGAAUGGAAGACUCGAUCGAGAAUAUUGCUUCGCAGUCGAGUGGACCGUUAGUAAGAGAAACUCGACUUAAGGCAGAGUGCCUGAAGCGUGACGGCAACAGAUGUGUUGUCACUAAGCGUGUCGAUUUCCAUUUUCUCUCAAAAAGUGACACCACUACUCCGGGAGCCAUCACAGAAUGCGCCCAUAUUAUUCCUUUCUCAUUGGCAACAUGGCGAGAUGAGCGCGAAUCACACGCUAAAAACAUCAUAUGGACAAACCUUAUCCGACAUUUCCCAGCACUCGAAACGAGAAUCAGCUUUUCCCGGGAUAAUAUCAAUGAUACCAUGAAUGCUAUGACAAUGACCCGUGAUCUUCAUUUCUACUUUGGCCAUUUUUAUUUUGCGUUUGAGGAGACUCAAGUGCCCAACAAAUACAGACUACAAGUAUACCGGCCAAAUGCAUUUUCUCCCCCUCUCCCUCGGACAGUCAAAUUUGUGUCUCGUGACCCACGGUAUGCUCUUCCAAGUCCCGAACUCCUCAAGGUUCAUGCAGCUGUCGCCCGUAUUUUCCAUGCAUCUGGAGCAGCGGACCAUAUCGACAAAGGAUUCCGAGAUCUAGGAGAGACUAGUGUUUUAGCAAAAGACGGCAGUACCGAUGUUUCAGCUAUGUUGGCUGUUACCUCACUUGGUGUUCUCGGCUCACGCACUGGGAAUAUCCAGCAGACUCCAGCGACCUUCUCGGGUCCCAAAGCUCAAAGUGUUUCAAAGGUUCACAGUGGGUUGAUUGAAGAAGAGGGUACUGAUGAGGAAUACACCGUGUGGUACUGA